AUGGGGCAGCGGCAGCGGAGCCCCGGGGAGGCAGAGGAGGGCUGCCCUGCCGAGGCUGCGGCGGGCAGCGGCAGCGGCAGCGUCCGCGGGCGGCUGGCAGAGUCCUGGCGGCGGCUGAGCUCCCGGCGCGGCUCCGCUAAGCGCGGUGGACCCUCCGCGGUCGCUCCCCCGGCACAGAAAUCAUGGAUCGAAAGAGCAUUUUACAAGAGAGAAUGUGUUCAUAUCAUACCCAGCACCAAAGACCCCCAUAGGUGUUGCUGUGGGCGUCUGGUAGGUCAACAUAUUGGACUGCCUCCAGGCAUCUCUGUUAUUCAGAAUGAGAAAAAUGAAAGCAGGCUUACUCGCAAUGACAUCCAGUCGGAGAAGUGGUCCAUCAACAAGCACACCCAGCUCAGCCCUACGGACGCUUUUGGAACCAUUGAGUUCCAAGGAGGAGGCCACUCCAAUAAAGCCAUGUAUGUACGUGUGUCUUUUGACACAAAGCCUGACCUUCUUCUGCAUCUGAUGACCAAAGAGUGGCAGCUUGAGCUCCCUAAACUUCUUAUCUCUGUUCAUGGGGGUCUUCAGAAUUUUGAACUUCAGCCAAAACUCAAGCAAGUCUUUGGAAAAGGCCUCAUCAAGGCUGCUAUGACAACUGGAGCAUGGAUAUUCACUGGAGGGGUGAACACAGGAGUCAUUCGGCAUGUUGGAGAUGCACUGAAAGAUCAUGCCUCAAAAUCUCGAGGGAAGAUCUGCACUAUCGGUAUAGCUCCCUGGGGGAUUGUAGAAAAUCAAGAGGAUCUGGUUGGCAAAGAUGUGGUGCGACCAUACCAGACGAUGUCCAAUCCCAUGAGUAAAUUGACAGUGCUCAACAGUAUGCAUUCUCAUUUUAUUUUGGCUGACAAUGGCACUACUGGUAAAUAUGGAGCAGAGGUGAAACUUCGUAGACAGCUGGAGAAGCACAUUUCACUUCAGAAGAUAAAUACAAGAAUUGGCCAAGGAGUUCCAGUGGUGGCCCUCAUUGUGGAAGGAGGUCCCAAUGUGAUCUCCAUCGUUCUGGAGUACCUGCGAGACACUCCUCCUGUUCCUGUGGUGAUAUGUGAUGGCAGCGGUCGGGCAUCUGACAUCCUUGCCUUUGGUCACAAAUACUCUGAAGAAGGAGGACUUAUCAACGAGUCUUUGAGGGACCAAUUACUAGUUACCAUACAGAAGACAUUCACGUAUACCCGAACCCAAGCACAACACCUCUUCAUUGUCCUCAUGGAAUGCAUGAAGAAGAAGGAGCUGAUCACAGUAUUUCGCAUGGGAUCAGAAGGACACCAGGAUAUUGAUUUAGCUAUUCUGACAGCAUUACUAAAAGGAGCGAACGCGUCUGCUCCCGACCAGCUGAGCCUUGCGCUAGCGUGGAACAGAGUAGACAUCGCCCGCAGCCAGAUCUUUAUUUAUGGGCAGCAGUGGCCGGUGGGCUCCCUUGAGCAAGCAAUGCUGGAUGCACUGGUGUUGGACAGAGUGGAUUUUGUGAAAUUGCUUAUAGAAAAUGGAGUAAGCAUGCAUCGUUUUCUCACCAUCUCCCGGCUAGAGGAACUGUACAAUACGAGACAUGGACCAUCUAACACUCUGUAUCAUCUAGUCAGGGAUGUGAAAAAGCGAGAAUAUCCAGGUUUCGGUUGGAUCUAUUUUAAGGGAAACUUGCCUCCUGAUUAUCGGAUAAGUCUGAUUGAUAUUGGUUUGGUGAUAGAAUACCUGAUGGGAGGAGCAUAUCGCUGCAAUUACACCCGAAAACGGUUCAGAACACUCUAUCACAACUUAUUUGGGCCCAAGAGGCCAAAAGCCCUGAAACUGUUGGGAAUGGAGGACGAUGUCCCUUUACGGCGAGGGAGGAAAACAACAAAAAAAAGAGAAGAAGAAGUUGAUAUUGAUUUGGAUGAUCCUGAGAUCAAUCACUUCCCCUUCCCGUUCCAUGAGCUGAUGGUGUGGGCUGUGCUGAUGAAACGUCAGAAGAUGGCUCUCUUCUUUUGGCAACAUGGGGAAGAGGCUAUGGCUAAAGCACUAGUGGCCUGUAAGCUCUGUAAAGCCAUGGCCCAUGAAGCAUCAGAAAAUGACAUGGUGGAUGACAUACCACAAGAGCUGAACCAUAAUUCCAGGGACUUCGGGCAGUUGGCAGUGGAGCUGUUGGACCAGUCAUACAAGCAGGAUGAGCAAAUGGCAAUGAAGCUGCUGACCUACGAGCUGAAGAACUGGAGUAAUGCCACAUGCCUGCAGCUCGCGGUGGCAGCCAAGCACAGGGACUUCAUUGCACACACUUGCAGCCAAAUGCUGCUCACUGACAUGUGGAUGGGCCGUCUCCGGAUGCGUAAAAAUUCUGGCCUAAAGGUAAUUCUAGGAAUUCUACUUCCUCCUUCAAUCCUCAGCUUGGAGUUCAAGAACAAAGAUGAUAUGCCUUACAUGUCCCAGGCCAGUGAGGUCCAUCUUCAAGAGAAAGAGCCAGAGGAACCAGAGAAGCCAGCAAAAGAUAAAGAGGAGGAAGACAUGGAACUCACCGCAAACAGCAGGACCAGCCCACAGGACCCCGUCUGCAGGCAGGCAGAAGGACCUGCCUACAGGAGCCAAUAUGCAGGCAAGCCGAAGGAGCAGCCCACCAGACUCACCUACAGGACCCGUUUGCAGGCCAUGCUGGGACGAGGGAAUGGAGAGUCCUCAAGAAAGAAAGACGAAGAGGAUGCUCAGCGUAGGCACAGGCUGCUCCCUGUUGGAAGGAAGAUCUAUGAGUUCUACAAUGCUCCCAUCGUUAAAUUUUGGUUUUACACACUGGCUUAUAUAGGCUACUUGAUGCUGUUCAAUUAUAUAGUGUUAGUGAAGAUGGAUCGCUGGCCAUCUACACAGGAAUGGAUUGUCAUCUCGUACAUUUUCACUCUGGGAAUAGAGAAGAUGAGAGAGAUAGUCAUGUCAGAGCCUGGGAAACUGCUACAGAAAGUAAAAGUUUGGCUCCAGGAGUACUGGAAUGUUACUGAUCUGAUAGCUAUCCUCCUGUUCUCCGUCGGGAUGGUGCUCCGUCUGCAAGAUCUGCCACUCCGAAGUGAUGGCCGAGUAAUUUACUGUGUUAAUAUCAUUUACUGGUACAUACGGCUAUUAGACAUCUUCGGAGUAAACAAGUAUUUGGGACCAUAUGUUAUGAUGAUUGGGAAAAUGAUGAUUGACAUGAUGUACUUUGUCAUCAUCAUGUUGGUGGUUCUGAUGAGCUUUGGUGUUGCAAGACAGGCUAUUCUGUUCCCCAAUGAGGAGCCUUCGUGGAAGCUGGCGAAAAACAUUUUUUACAUGCCUUAUUGGAUGAUCUAUGGGGAAGUGUUUGCAGACCAGAUAGACCGUAAGCAAGUUUAUGAUUUUCAUACUUCAAAGUCAGCUCCUUGUGGUCAAAAUGAAACCAGAGAAGAUGGCAAAAUAAUCCAGCUACCUCCCUGCAAGACAGGAGCAUGGAUCGUUCCUGCCAUCAUGGCCUGUUACCUCUUGGUUGCAAACAUCCUUUUGGUCAACCUUCUCAUUGCUGUUUUCAACAAUACAUUUUUUGAAGUCAAAUCCAUAUCCAACCAAGUAUGGAAGUUUCAAAGAUACCAGCUAAUAAUGACAUUUCAUGAAAGACCUGUACUGCCACCCCCUCUCAUCAUUUUCAGCCAUAUGACUAUGAUAUUCCAACACCUCUGCUGCAGAUGGCGGAAGCAUGAAAGCGAUCCAGAUGAGAGAGACUAUGGACUAAAACUUUUCAUAACCGAAGAUGAAUUGAAAAAAGUCCAUGAUUUUGAAGAGCAAUGCAUAGAAGAAUAUUUUAGAGAAAAGGAUGACAGAUUCAACUCCUCCAAUGAUGAGAGAAUCCGUGUCACUUCAGAAAGGGUAGAGAACAUGGCCAUGCGUCUGGAAGAAGUAAAUGAGCGAGAGCACUGCAUGAAGGCCUCUCUGCAGACUGUGGACAUCCGGCUUGCUCAGCUGGAAGACAUGAUGGGACGAAUGGUAACUGCCUUAGAAAAGCUGACUGGCAUAGACAGAGGUGAGACAACCAAGAUAAGAUCCAGGACCUCAUCCGACUGUACUGAUGCAGCCUACAUUGUAAGGCAGAGUAGCUUCAAUAGUCAGGAAGGAAAUACUUUCAAACUUCAAGAGAGUAUAGAUCCCACAGGAGAAGAGUCCAUGUCCCCAACAUCUCCUACAAUCACGCCCCGCAUGCGAAGCCACUCUUUCUACGCAACAAAUAUGAAGGACAAGUUUGCACUGGAAAAGUUUGAAAGCAUUUUUAAGGAAAGAUCUCCAAGCCUGCAUCGGACUAUCAGUUCCCACUCAAUAACAAAAGAAGGAAAGGUUCCUUUAGCCCCUACCAGCACCUUGUCAAUUGCCCCAGACUCCAGAAGGCCUUCGUCUUGUAUAGAUAUCUAUGUUUCUGCCAUGGAUGAGAUACAUUCUGACACAGAGCCUCUCGAGAGCUCCAUGAAUAUUCUUGGUACUGGAGACGCAGAGCUGCAGGCUCACAUAGCCUCUUCUGUUUUAGCUAACAGUGCAUACAUCAGCAGCACACCAGGUGAAAAAAUUUCUGGCAGGAGUCUUGAUUACGAGGAAACCUCUGGAAUAGAAACAAGACCAUUUUCUUCAGACUAUUCACAAAUUGCAGAUUGCCAGAUCCCCUGGGAUUCUGACCCGCCCCUGUACCACACUUUAGAGCGAUCUAAAAGCAGUCGUUAUCUGGCUACAACUCCAUAUAUUCUGGAGGAAACACCAAUUGUGAAAUCCCACAGCUUUAUGUUCUCUCCAUCUCGAAGUUUCUUCAGCAGCGUGGGUGUCCCAGUCAAAACAGCAGAGUACACAAGUAUUACAGACUGCAUAGACACAAGGUGUGUGAGUGCUCCGCAGGCCAUAGCAGAGAGGGUCAGCUUCCCUGGAAGUCUUGGAGUCAAAGUGGAAGACCUGGGAAGCUGCCACCCAGAGAGAGAAGCUGAACUAAGCCACCCAAGCUCUGAUCAUGAGGAUAUCGAGGCCAAAGACAGGAAGGGGAUCCCCUUAUCUCCUCAAGAUGCCAGUGCUCCUGCUCUACCCAACAGCAUCCCACUUCCAAAAAUAGAGCGAGCCAACAGCUACUCUGCAGAGGAGUCAAACACUUUGUAUGCCCAGCACACACGGAAGAGCUACUCCAUCAGUGACAAACUUGACCGACAGCGAAAUGCAACAGGCCUUAGAGACCCCUUCCAGAGAAGUAAGUCCUCAAGGCCAGAGAGCAGAGGGGAUAACCUGUCCAUGAGGAGACUGUCAAAAACUGGAGCCUUCUGCAGCUUUGAAAGCAAACACAGCUAG